AUGGAAUUUUCAAAAAUAGCGACACUGGAAGGUCAUUCUGAUCGAGUGUGGAGUUUGUCAGUACAUCCACAUUUACCAUUAUUAGCGACCUGUUCGAGUGAUAAAACUGCUAGAGUAUACUCUUUACAGAAUGACCAAUUCCCACUACUGGGGGUAUUAGAAGAUAGUCAUAAACGAAGUAUCAGGACGGUAGCUUGGAAGCCCACUGGAGAAGAGCCUUCGCUCGCACUAGGAAGCUUUGACUCAACUGUCAGUAUAUGGGGUCGUGAAGGUGAUGAAUGGAGUUUUUUGGCCACCAUUGAGGGCCACGAGAACGAAGUCAAGCGGGUUGCUUGGUCAUUUGACGGAAUAUUUUUGGCAACCUGCUCUCGUGAUAAGAGCAUAUGGAUCUGGGAAGGUAAGUUUAAGACUGUCUGA